AUGCGGAUAACAGCCAACCAUGCUUUAAGGAAUAGGAAAGAUGUCAACGGUCAAAUAAUUAAGCAAACACCAACUUGCAAAGUAAGCCAUGGCCUAGGUCGAAGGACAUCACUGACAGGCUUCAGUCAGAAAGUAAGAAAUGACCAAAACUAUAAGCUUAGAGAGGAGGGUUCAACGACCUGGCUAAAUUGCAAUGGUCAAAACAUUGCCGUACAGAAAAAACACAUCAAGAAUUUGGGAAUAGACGUUCAUAAUUUCUAUGGAGGUCCGGUCAUGAAAAAUCGUCCGAAACUUGCGCCCCUGCAAAGCAACAUUUAUUUUGAUCAAUUCGAGUCCAAAUCUUCGGAUAAACGACAUGAAUCAAAGUUGCGUAAUGAAACCAUUGCACCUGAAAGUGAUACAAAUAAUAUGGGAACGCAGCAACAACAACCUAAUAAAAUAUACUGCCUCGUCAAUAAGGUACCCAAAUGGGAAAUUUUAAUGAAUCCCGCGAUUGUGAGACCGAUCGAUAAGUUCAUUCUAGACAAGUUAAGAAAAUGUCCUCGACGCUCCAGACAGUCAAAAAAUAGCCGAAUUCAAAAGCGUAACGAAAGAAAGUUAUCGCGACCUUUCAGUAGCAGAACCAAUAGAAGAAGUGUAGAAAGGAUGCCUGAGGAAAAUGUUGAAUAUGAUAAUAUAACACUGUGCAACUUCGGAGACAUAAGACCUAGGAAUUAUCCAGAGGAGGAUGACAGUGAAAAAUGCUAUAGCUCUGACCCAGACAGCGAUGACACGGUGACAGAAAGCAUUUAUAUAGAUGAUAUUAAUAUUUUCAGUUCAGAGAAAGACGAUAUAUCCUUAGAAGGUGAAUUUCUCCCAGCAGCGUAUAAGAAGCCUAAAUAUAAUACUAAACUGGUUUGUAGUGAUACCUUUACUUCAGAGAAAGAAGAAUUUCACAGUCGCAGGAAUAGUGGAAUCGCGAACUUCUUAGAAGGCGAAGGGGCAUUGCUUCCAGAAAAAGGGAUCACUUUAGAGGAUAAGGAUGAUAGUGAUAUCUUUAGCUCAGAGGUAGAAGUUCAAAGCCAAGGACAUACGGCGAGUGAAUUGACAAUCUACUCAGAAGAAGAUAAGCCACUGCUUGCGGAAAAUUACUUUACUCUUGAUUAUAAGGAUCUUCAAAAUUAUGCAAAGUAUGGCAUAGGCGGAGAAGUCAUUCAUAGACGAUCAUACGAGAUCAAUUUGACUGUUACUAUCCCUCGUUGGGCUCACCGUGAUCACAUGAAACUUCUUUUUAGCUGUUUUAAGCAGUUGAAGAAAAAGUUUGAUCUUACUUGGAUGGAGCAUGAAGAUGGAGAUGGAAAUGGCAGGAACAACAGCCUUCCCGACAGCCAAUCACGCCAGUGA